AAGAAAAUAUUUAACAGCAAGAGGGGAGAAUUAACAAUCAGAUCUUGGGAGUUUAAGGGUUAAUUAAAAGGGUUUUUUUUCCCGAUAUUCCCACGGACGAGUAUAAGAGAGAACAACGGAAACUGAUACAAUAACACAGGACUACACCCACGGACGUUACUGAAUAGUUGUCCUGAUUAACCGCUUCAGAACAAAUCUCAAUAUUGAGUUUUUUCCUAAAAUAUUUUCCGUUUUCGUCCACAUUAAGCUGUGCCGAGACCCUAGAUUAAUGAAUGACAGUGAACACGAUGAUCAACUUGAAAAGUACGUAGCAAUGGGUCAACAGUAUAGUUUCGCGCUCAAAGUGUUGCACGAUUAUGCUGUUGUUUUGAAAGAUCUCGCGGUUCUCAACCACGAAAGUCUUGAAAAUGCCGUAGCACAUCUAAAUAAGACACUCAGAAAGUUUGCAGAGGGUAGAGGGCAAUGCAUCAUGUUUGCUAUAAAGGAACCAUCAGAAGAAUAUUCUCCAUAUCUAUGGAAAGCUACAACAAGGAUAGUUUGUUAUAAGAUUGAUUCUGCUAGCACAAAUGUUGACAGUGAGAGAAUUAUGGACCUUCGACAGUUUUGCAAGUUGUAUAGAGAUAUCACGAAGCAACUGCGGCACAUGCAUGGUGAAGAGGAUGAAGACUGGCAGAAAAUUGAUCCUAUUGGGGAAGAGGCAUAUGAAACAUGUUCAGUAAAAUUAGAGGAAAUCCAUGAAUCUCUUUGUGCAUCAGUGAUAUUUACAAGAGUGGAUGAAGUAGCCUCAGAGGAUUCUAACAUGGAGGAGUGUUGUAUAUGCAUGGAUCAAAAAGCAGAAGUUAUCCUGUCCUGUGUCCAUUGCUUUUGCAAGACUUGUAUUGAGAAAUGGAGUGAUGUGAAUGAGACUUGUCCACUCUGUCGUGACAAGAUUCAUGGGAAAAAGGAUCUCUGGGAAAUGCCUGAGAGGCCAAGUGACAUAGAGAUUGGGCAGUUUGUCUUAGGAAUGGCUGAGGGGGCAGGUGCCCCCACUUGAAUGGUGUGCAUCUGCUCUAGUCGGGUUGGAAAAAAAUAGAAAAAAAAACAGCGAAUAUAAACAAAAACAAAAUUAAAAUUUAAUUUAGGUCAGGGUGCACUGCCAUUUCAGUGGUUGCAACUGCCAUUUCAGUGGUUGCAACAUACCAUAGGGACAAGUGUUAGCAACAAUUAGUUUUUUGUGAUGCAGAUAAUUUUAUGAAAAUCUAUGUGCUUUCUUAAGUAUGUUGUGUCUGAGGCAAGUAGUUCACAUUCAAAGACUUUCUUAUUUCGACAAUUGAUUGCUGACUGAGAUGACCUGCUUCUACAGUAUAUGCUUAAUCAAAUGAACAUACCUGGAGUGGACGUCUCCAAUGUGUGACCUUACAGUAUGACUAACCAAGUUGUAUUUAUUUUACCAGUCUUUUUUAUUUUUCUCUUAUUGUUCAUAAGUUAUUAAUUUAAAAUGAAGUACAGUGCCUUAGCCUUUUUCAUACUAAAAUAUUUUCGAGGCUAUCAUUGUUAUCAUAAUUAUUAUUGUUAUUAUUAUUAUUAUUAUUAUUAUUGUUUUUACAUUAUGAGGUACAGUAAGGCACAGUGUAUUUGCCUCAUUCCUACUAACAUAUUGUCAAGGUUAUUAUAAAUAUUAUUAAAAUUGUUCCUAUAUAAUAGGAUAUAUAUUUACAUCGUAUAUGUAAGAAGAUAAUUUUGCCAAGCUUGCAAGAUAUGCAGUGGAGCUUUAGUAGAGCUUCAGCAGUUCUACAGCUGGUCGAAUGUAAACCUUAAUCAAAACUAUAAUAAAAUUCUCGAAUGCAA